CCGGCACCUGCCCGAUCAGUGCUUCAGUCUUAGCUUAGGCUGUCGUUUCGAUGGUAGGGUAGUUCGCAGGAUGCGAUGCGCACUGUAUCCACGUGGAACGGAUUAGCGGGUAACUUGACAGGGUCAUCUAAUGACCGUAGCGACAGGAAAUGCAUGCAUGAUGAAGGAAUGAAGCAUGAAGACAGCCUUAAGUACUUUUUGCUUCCUGCUUGUUGCUAACUGCUUGAGUUAUGUUUCGACUCAAAGUCCACCCCAGCUAAAUACUAACCAUGCUGUUCAGCAGCACAUAGUUAGGCCCGGCAUGAGUACAACUUUAGAAUGUCCUGUGCGCAACAGCAGAGAUCUUAUCUUUGAAUGGUACAAAGAUAAGGAAUCAAUAAAUACAUAUCCAGGGCAGAAGAUGCGCAUAUUGACGAAUGGGGCUUUAAGGAUUAAAGAAACCAUAUUUGACGAUACUGGUGUAUACAAAUGCCGUGCUGUCAAUGGAUUUGGAAGUGUUGAAUUCAAUACUACACUCUUGGUAAUAGGAAGUGAUGAAGAUUAUGAACGUUAUGAAGAUAUAUAUGAUUCCGAUGAUAUGGAUUCAGAUGAUUCAAAAAUCAGCUUAACAUCCAAACCUCGCCUCCUCUAUGUAACCAAUGAGGAGUCUCCUGUUUAUAAAACUCCUGGAUCCUCAUUCAGGUUUCAGUGUGUUGCCACAGGUUAUCCUAAACCCGUGAUGACUUGGUACAAAGACGGGAUUCAAGUUUCACGAGCCUUCCGUGUCGGGCGCUGGGCCUUAACGUUUAGAAACGCACUCUCUACCGAUAGUGGAAAUUACACUUGCGUCGCGACUAAUCUCUUAGGGAAAGCCAGCCAUUCUUUUGUUUUAGUUGUAGAUGAGACUAAGAAUCAUGGAAUACCCUUACUCAUAGGAUCCAACACAACCGUAGAAGAAGGAGAAAAGGCAGUUAUGGAAUGCGGGGUAAAAAGCUCAUCGUUUCCCCAUAUUGAGUGGCUGAAACAAGUUGAUCCUAAUAGGCAAAGCGCAGACGAUGCAAAAAGUCCUAUUCAGAUGGCAGGUGAAUACUUUAACGUUUUAACAACACCUUACUCAAUCGACUAUUUUGUGAGAGACGGAAUAUAUUAUCAUAAGCUAAUAAUUGAAAACGUGCAGAUGGAAGAUGCUGGAAAAUAUGUUUGCCUUGGUGCCAAUAGCUAUGGUUAUGAAUACAAAUUUGCAUAUCUAGAAGUGCUUCCAAGAAGCGGGGACUUUCAAGCAUCUCUUCCAUUCCCCAUUGUAGUGACCGCUAUAGUUGUUGCUGUUGCUGUCUUGGGCUGUAUCUUUGCUCUCCUUGUGUAUUGUCGUCCUCGACGUCGUUCUGGUUCACGAGGAAGUUCAGUUGCUGUUCCCAUGGUAACCAAAGAAGACUUCAUACCGAUGCAUCCCGGGCCAUCUAACUCCUCAAGAUGUUCUAUCCAGGCAAAUAGGAGUAGAUCAUCUCAGCAGCAUGUGACCUAUGUUGCUGGACUAACGAACGGAACAGUGUGAAAACCUUGGCUUACUUUGUUUGAGACACAGUUGUUAUAUGAGGGAAGAAUUUGUUUUUGAUGAAACUUCAGUGUGCAAUUCAGAAACUUAUGACGCAGUUUAAAUGGAUUAUAGGAAGUUUAAAUUUAUUGAUGAUGUCCUUGAUGAGGAUAUGCCACUGGUUUCUCAUGUACUUAUGUCCAUGAAUAUUUUAUGAUCUUACUAUAAGUGCAUUCGCUACUAGACUUAUUUUUUGAAAACAUGAAUGGUUGAGAAAGAAAGUUUUAUUCACAAGGGGCAUUUGUAAUGUAAAUUCUUUUAAAUAGUUCUAUAUAAAAUGUAUAUAACAAAGUAACAUGUAUAUCGAAUUUGUAUCAACUGAUAUUUUAACAAAAUAUAUACCUUCCUAUAUUUAGAAAAAUUUCUUUUAUUGUUUCAGAUUUUUAUUGAUUUCAUUAAGAGACAAUGUUACUUCCUUAGAUAUAAUGCUGCUGACGUAUCCAAAUAAUUUCCUGUUAAUUUAAGCUUUCGAGAAUUAAAAUGACUCUCUCCAGAAAGAUAUUGCAUAGAUUUAAAUAAAAAUAAAUUUAUUUUAAGAUCUAACACUGAGCUUGUUACCGCUUUGUGAAGCGCAGAAAAUUGGCCAAAGAUUAGAUUGAAUUGAAUAUUGUGUGCAUAAUUUUUAACGAUUGUAUUUAGGCAGCGGUAUUUCUUGUGUGCAUAAUUGUGAAAAUGUAUCAUACAGUGGUUUGAUGAGCUAUAAAUUUGUUAGAAAAAGCUGUGAUUGUUUUUGUAUGUUUUUUAUGUAAUGAAGCUCCUAAUUUGUGCCUCCGGUCUUCCAAAAAUACGUACACCACUCUUGCAGUUUUAGUUAUAACUUUUGUAUCUUUAGCAGGAAUUAAAUAAAAUUUGAAUAUAUCUGUUUGAUAUUAAAAUAAAUUACCUUAUUGAUCUGUGAUAUGAAAAUUAAAAUUUUGAAUUAAAUAUAGUUUUUUAAAUAUAGUCUGUUAUAUAACUUAAUAAUUUCAGGUUUAGAUCUAAAGUUUUCAUAAAUGAAUUGUUAUCGAUACCUUUAAUCAGUAUUUUCAAAUUUAUUUAAAAAUACUUUUUAUUUGAGUUUUGAAAUUAUUGCCAUCACAUAAAUUUUAUACGAUUUAUUAAUAUUUUGUAUUUGUAUUAUAUUCCAGUCAGUAAGGUAUCUGUUGCGCUUUAUGUAUGUAUAUAUAUAUAUAUAUUUGAUAGUAAUUCUUGACCAAUUGUGCAGCUUUUUAACUGGUUUUAAUAAACAAACAAAAAAUUAUUUGAGGGUUAAGUGCCUUAAAUGCGUUUAAUACUUUAGAUUACAAAAAUCAGAUACGCUGUUAUUUGGAAGAGAAGUAUCAGGAAUUUCAUUUUAGAACUUAUUUAUGGAUUGUCAUUGAGACAUAUUAGCUAUUAAAUAUUAAUUAAUUAAUGAAGGCAUUAAAUUCAAGAUGAAGGUUAUUUACAAAAUAAUUUAUGCUCAAAUGGAGUAGAAUUAUUUUAAAAAUACAAUUGCACCAUUCUUAGAAAUCGAAAGGAAAGAACCCAUAGUGUGUAUAACUUCACGAGUUUAUUUAAGAAAGAAAGUACUUAAUGUAUUUAAUUUGUUACGAAGAACAUUUUAAGAUUUAUAUUCAAUAAUAAUUGAAGUCGAUUUAUGAGUAUGUUUGUGAACAAUAUUAGCAAUACAUUCAUUAAAUUGUUAAAAAAAGUGUACGUUAUGAUUUAACCCUUUCCGGCAUGCUACCUUUUAAAAUUGGAGUUUUGAUAAAAAAAAAAAAAAAAAAAAA